CAGUUUCUAUUGAACAGAAUAACAUUUCCGAAUUGUUUUUUUGCUUUUUAAUUUUUAUUGAAUUUACCAAUUUUAUACGAGCAAACAAUGGUGUCCUUUGGCUGUGUGGCAAAACUUUUACGCGGCUUCGAGUGCAGCGCCAAUACUUGGGUCAAGGCAGUAAAUCCCGGGUGGUACGAGGCGCGCGCGAUUCCAAAGACCAUGCUGAUCGAGAAAGUGCGACAGGUGGCCCAGACGACCAGGGCGAUUCGCCAGCGACCCCAAACCGCUGAGGCGCCAAAAAAAAGCACCAAUCCAAGGCGCCAGCCUUAUCUCUAGUUUCAAAAAGAGAUAUGUAUUUAUAACUAAUAUGUUCUAAUUGAUUUAAGUGUUUUUCCCCCGAUGCAGAUUCAGAGUGUAGAGUUGCCACGCAACAGUUAUCGAUUUCGGCAUCUUUGCUCCGGCGACGCGCGGUCACACCGAGUCGGUGCCGAGUUUUUGCUUCGCGAGCAGGUGGUGUUGUCCAAUCAGAAUCGCCGUCGACGGCACGAAAAAAAAUUCCAAUAGAAUAGCCGAGGGCGAUUAUUUAUGUGUGUUAAUGUUAAAUGUUAAAUGCAAAAUUACGCGUCGCUCGCUUCGCCCACGCGAAUCCGAUUGUUCAGUGCAAACACCCAAGUGAAUAUAAUAUGUAAGGCAGAGGCACGAAGCCAGCAACAAAGCGCCAGUGAUAAGCGCAAUAAUAUAAAUAUAAUAUAGUAUAAAUUCAACGUGAAAAGAAAUCUCGCCAGCCAAAGAAAAGCAAAAAGCAGAGGCAGCAACUCGGCGACAAAUGGAAAUAAAGUAAAAUUAAGGAGAGAGGAGAGAUAGAAAUCGUAAUGUGUAAGCGGGACCAGAGCGUAUGAAAAAAAAAACAAAGAAAAAACGUCGGAGCCAAGAUUAAAUAAAUUUACAAGUGUGUUUUGUA